AUGAAAUCAAAGGAAAAAAAUAAACCAAACUGGCUACUAAUAUAUGUUGGUCUUUAAAUUAAUGAUUAACAAAUUUAAUUAAAUUAAUAUGGGUAGGCUCAAUUUAAUUUUGAGCAUCCAGAAUAGUGCAAAUAUAUUGCUUUGCCGAUCUAUGGAUACAAUUAGGAGAUGGAAGGCAUAAAUAAUAGGUUUUACAGGCUAUCUCAGACAUAUCAAUUACUUAUUGAUGCCAGCAAUGAAAAUAAAACUCUUAGUCUUUAUAUAUCUUAAACACUUAAAGAGAAAUUAAUGGGGUUUUUUAAAUAUGUUCAUUUCGGGAGGAAAAUUAAUUCAUGA